AUGUCCCACGAAUACGAUUUUGUCAUCUUCGUCGCCAGAGGGUCAUGCAAUCGCCGCGUGUCCAGACAACAAGCCGCUGAAGAAUUUCAUGCUCUCCAAACUAGCCUCAAGUACACCAAAAUUUGCUACGAGGACGCAUACGGCCCCAUCACAGGCGACUGGGAGUUUCACGAAUUCUUGUGGCCAUCGACUCUCGAGCUACCCGAAGUCAGCGAUACGGCUCGUUUUUUUGCAGAACGUACCUCAAAGCUGGAAGAUACAGACAAAGAGAUGAUGAUUGUCCUCAACGGCUGGGAUGGCUUGACGGCUCACAAGGAUUCCUUGAGCAUGCUUUUGAGAGAGCGUGCUUCUCAAAUCACUCUCCGCAUUUUUACCGACCAACCACGGGCUUUCUACCAAGUCAAUGUUGCACAACUAUUUUGGUUAUUUGAUGAAAUGGUGAGAGUAGAUGGAGAAGAAGAAGAGAAAGCAUUAGGGGAGAAGGAGCAUAUGGGCCCGCUCCUCAGUUCGAUUGAGGCUCACCUGGAGUAUUCCACCGGCCUAUUCUACCGCCACUUCACGGCAAAUCGAUCCGCAAGCGCUCCCUGA